GCCUGAGAGAAAGGGGAGGGGAGGAGUGGAGGGAAGCCCCUGUCAAGGAGGUGGAGCAAGAGGGUAGUGUCCGCCUCCCGAUCCUCCCUGCCUUGAGCUAGCCUAGCCUGAACCGGGACCAAACACGCCGCCCGCGACCCACACAAAGCCCGGGGGGUCCACGCUGGCGCUGGAGGCGAGCCGGGAGCGAGCCCGGGGCGCGGCGGGACCUGGGGUGCGGGGCUGCUAGCCGGACGCGGGACCGGACGCGGGCUGCGAUCGCCACCCCCACGCCGGGGCCCGGGACAUCUCGGGCCCUUUGGGGCCGCUGCGGACGGUGGGGACCAAGAUGAGGAGAGUGCCCUGAGCUUGGCAACUUUGGCCCCUCCCCGCCCCCACCCGCCUGCCCUCGGCGAGUCCCCGUCCAUGUGCAGACGGCCGGGCAGGCGCUCCGGCUGGCAGCGGAUGGGUGACCUCUUCCUGGCCCGGGCGGGCUGUGCGAGGCGGCGGAGCCGGCGAUGAAGAAGAAACAGCAGCAGCAUCCCGUCGCCGGCGCGGAUGCCUGGCCCCAUGGGGCCCCUGUCGGGGGCGCCCCUCCGUGCCUGGGCAGCUGCAAGCGCCGGAACCCGCUGCUGCCUUUCCUGCGCUUCUCCCUUCGGGACUACGGUUUCUGCAUGGCUACCCUGCUGGUCUUCUGCCUGGGCUCCCUCUUCUACCAGCUCAGCGGGGGACCCCCUCGCUUCCUGCUUGACCUGCGGCAGUAUUUGGGAAAUUCCACUUACUUGGAUGACCAUGGACCACCUCCUAGUAAGGUGCUUCCCUUCCCCAGCCAGGUGGUGUACAACCGAGUCGGCAAGUGCGGCAGCCGCACUGUGGUCUUGCUUCUGAGAAUCUUGUCAGAGAAGCACGGGUUCAAUUUGGUCACGUCAGACAUUCACAACAAAACCAGGCUUACUAAAACUGAACAGAUGGAACUGAUUAAGAAUAUAAGCACUGCGGAACAGCCCUAUUUAUUCACGAGACAUGUCCACUUCCUCAACUUCUCAAGGUUUGGAGGCGACCAGCCCGUCUACAUAAACAUCAUUAGAGACCCCGUCAGUAGGUUUCUAUCUAACUAUUUUUUCCGUCGCUUUGGAGACUGGAGAGGGGAACAGAAUCACAUGAUCCGCACCCCCAGCAUGAGGCAGGAGGAGCGCUACCUGGACAUCAAUGAGUGCAUUCUGGAAAACUACCCUGAGUGUUCCAACCCCAGGCUGUUUUACAUCAUUCCAUAUUUCUGCGGACAGCACCCCAGAUGUAGGGAGCCUGGUGAGUGGGCGCUGGAGCGUGCCAAGCUGAACGUGAAUGAAAACUUCCUGCUUGUGGGGAUACUGGAGGAGCUGGAGGACGUGCUGCUUUUACUGGAAAGAUUUUUACCUCAUUACUUCAAGGGCGUGCUCAGCAUCUACAAGGACCCAGAGCACAGGAAACUGGGCAACAUGACUGUGACCGUGAAGAAGACUGUCCCCUCUCCCGAGGCCGUGCAGAUUCUCUACCAGAGAAUGAGAUAUGAAUACGAGUUCUACCACUACGUCAAAGAGCAGUUCCACCUGCUUAAGCGCAAGCUCGGACUGAAGUCUCACGCAAGCAGGCCUCCUCUGCGACCCCAGUUCUUCAUCCCCACCCCUCUGGAGACAGAAGAGCCCAUCGACGAUGAGGAGCAAGAUGAUGAAAAGUGGCUAGAAGAUAUUUAUAAGAGGUGAUACCAGCACCAGAUUGCCUCCGUGGCUUUACCCCCCUGUUCCAGAAAGUUCUUUGGGGAAGAAAAAUUCAGAAGGGACUUUCGUUAAUGCUCGGGUGCAUUAAAAAGAACAAAACAUUC